AUGACAGAAAUAAAAGAAAGAGAAAAAUGGUCAGGUAAUGCUGAUUUUCUUUUUUCAUGCAUUGGUUAUGCUAUUGGUCUUGGAAAUGUUUGGCGAUUUCCUUAUUUAUGUUACCAACACGGUGGAGGAGCUUUUCUAAUACCAUACUACAUAACAUUAAUAUGCGGUGGUAUACCUUUAUUUUUCCUUGAAGUAGCUUUGGGUCAAUAUACAAGUAUUGGUGGUCUUGGGAUAUGGAGAAUAUGUCCAAUUUUUAAAGGUGUUGGUUAUGCUGCAGCAAUAAUAGCAUUUUGGCUUAAUUGUUAUUAUAUUGUUGUACUUGCGUGGGGUUUAUAUUAUGCCUAUCAUUCAAUUAGUAGUUCAUCAUUAUUACCAUGGUCGACAUGUAAUAAUUGGUGGAACUUAGAAUCAUGUCGUACAUUAACACAAAUGCGUAACUAUUCGGCAUCAGUAAUAUGUUCAGCAUCAGAUUUUACAACCGAUACAUCGAUGGAAACAUGUUUACAUAAUAAAAGUGUGUAUUUAGCACAAUAUACAAGUCCUGUCAAGGAAUUUUGGGAACGUAAUGCACUUCAAAUUACAGAUGACAUAAGUCAACCAGGUUCAUUACGUUGGCCAUUAGUUGCAACAUUAGCUAUUGCUUGGUUAGGAUGUUAUUUUUGUAUUUGGAAAGGUGUUAAAUGGACAGGAAAAGUUGUCUAUUUUACAUCCAUGUUUCCAUAUGUACUUCUAUUCAUCUUACUUAUUCGUGGUAUAACACUUGAAGGUGCCAUGGAUGGAAUAAAAUAUUUAUUUAUACCUGAUUUAUCAAAAUUAAGAACAUCUACUUUAUGGAUUGAAGCAGCAACACAAAUAUUUUUUAGUUAUGGACUUGGUUUAGGUGCACUUGUUGCAUUAGGAAGUUAUAAUAAAUAUCAUAAGAAUUGUUAUAGAGAUACACUUGUUUUGGCUGCUUUUAACGAAGGAACAUGUUUAAUAAGUGGUUUUGUCAUUUUUUCUGUUAUUGGAUUUAUGGCUAAAACUGAAGGAAGAAAAAUUAGUGAAGUAGCUGAUUCAGGACCUGGCUUGGCAUUUGUUGCUUAUCCAGCUGCAGUUGCUCAAUUACCAUUUCCAUCAUUUUGGUCAGCACUAUUUUUUAUUAUGCUGAUUUUCAUUGGUCUUGAUAGUCAGUUUGUUACACUCGAAGGUUUUAUAACAGCUUGCGUUGAUGAAUGGCCGGUUUUACGUCGUCGAAAAGAAUUAUUCAUUGCUGCUGUUUGCUUCGUAUCCUUUCUAAUUGGCUUACCAACAGUUACUCAGGGUGGAAUGUAUGUUUUCAAAAUUCUUGAUUAUUAUUCCGCUAGUGGUUGGUGUUUACUUGUAUUACUAUUCUUCGAAUGUAUAAGUGUAUCAUGGUUUUAUGGUGCCGAUCGAUUCUAUGAAGAUAUUAAAGAUAUGAUUGGCUAUUAUCCGGGACGAUUUUGGAAAUGGUGUUGGAUUGUCUUUACUCCACUUCUUUGUACUAGUAUUGCAAUAUUUAGUCUUAUUGAAUAUGAACCAGUGAAAUAUAAAAAUUAUCAAUUUCCAACAUGGGCUGAAUAUAUUGGUUGGUGUAUUGCACUUUCAUCAAUUUUAGCUAUUCCAAUUUAUGCCAUUGCUUUAUUUGCAAGACAAACUGGUACCAUGAAAGAACGAUGGAUAAAAGUUACAACAGCAACAAUUACGCAAAAUCCAUCGUUAAAUGGUGAUGAAAAUGAAACCAAACAACGUAUGCUUGUUGAACAUACAACAGCAAUGACAAAUCUCUAA